CUUUGUAUGUGUGUAUAUAUAUUUGUGUGGCAUUGAGAGUAUAGUGGCAUAUAAAUAUCAAGAAGCCAUGCAAGGAGAAGAUUUGCGUAAAGGGACUUGGCUCCAAGAGGAAGAUGAACAAUUAACCAGCUUUGUGACCCGUCUUGGGGAACGAAGGUGGGACUCCCUUGCCAAAGUAGCUGGCCUUAGGAGAAGUGGUAAAAGUUGCAGGUUAAGGUGGAUGAAUUAUCUUCGUCCAAAUCUCAAGCAUGGCCAUUUUAGUGAUGAAGAAGAGCAGCUUAUUUUUCAGCUUCAACAGCAAUGGGGUAACAAGUGGUCCAAGAUUGCUCGUAGACUCCCGGGAAGAACUGACAAUGAAAUCAAGAAUUACUGGAGGACUCAUUUAAAAAAAAGACCACGAGUUCAACAAGAAGGAGAGUGCAAGUAUAAAUCAGAAAAUGCAGCACAAGAUUUCAACCAGAAAAGCAUUGAUUUGGCUUCCAAGGAUUACAACCAUGAAAUUUUUUGCCUUCAAGAAAGUGAGUGGGAGACUAACGAUAGCUCCACAGACACAUUUCCUUUAUCAGAUUGGGAAUUGAGAAGCUCACCCUAUGAAACUAGGAUAUUAGAUUGGAUGGCAAAAUUGCAAGAUGGAUAUGGUGAGAAAGAAUUAGAACAAGAUUGUAAUAGCAUAGUUACGUUCAACUAUAAUAAUAAUCCUCAAGAAUUUGUAGAGGGCUGUGAUACAUGGAAUUAUUCAGGUUCCUUGUGGGAUAUGAACUAA